AUGGGUCUGUUCCAUUCUUAUUUACCUUGGGGUGCUGUUCUGGUGAUUGAAGGCGCUUACCUGAGGAACGCGACACAUGGCGUUUGUUGCAGCGGGUGGCAGGCGGUGGUGACAGGGGCUGGAAGUGCCCUGCAACCAGGCGCGUACGGUCGCGCCCUGCACGCAGGCGUGUUGACUGGUGGCCUGCCCGAGGCGCCUUGGAGUUUUAAUAUGGCAAGUUCGUCAUCAUCUAAUCAUUAUGAUGUGGCAUUUGGACCAUUAGAGGAUGAUUUAUUGUGGAUGCAAAAAAGCCAUAUAUCACAACAUAUUUGGAAUGGUGCUAAUCAAAGGACGUUAAAAAUUCGACGAGCCACACCACUGUAUAAUCAUAGAGAAGCACCACCCGAGGAAAUUAUUCCUUUAUUACAAGUUUCAGGUUUGUACCCGAUAGCAGUUGAAGAUGUUUCUGUGCUACUUGGUAUUUCUGUGGAUGGAAGACCUUUAACUGGCAAUACAAAUAUUGACUGGUUUGAGUUGUGCCAUGAAUUAUUGGGUGUCAUGCCUGACGAUGAUGCAGUUGACGGGAACUCACUUUUAUUGAGUUGGCUGACUUCUCAAUUUGCAAAUAUUAAUGAUUUUAUAGGCAACCAACAAGGGCUUGAAAGAUUUGCUCGAGCUUGGAUCUUAAGAUUCAUAGAAGGCGUGAUGUUUGUUGACAAAAGCAGCAAAAGGGUGCCAAUGAGAUAUUUGCAAUUUUUGAGAGACCUUAGAGAGUGCAGCACUUAUGCAUGA